AUCCCUAAUUUUGUUGGUGAAAAGUUGAAGAGUGGUGAGAGAAACCAAGUGAAAAUUCAGAAAAAACGAUUGAUUUGUUUAUUCUUUAAAAGGUGCACCCUCUACAAAAGUGAAAAAUUAAAAAAAUUCAAGUGAAUUAAAAAAAUAAAAAUACAACAUGGAUGUAAUACCUAUAGAGCAUUAAGUCACACAAGAUAUAAAAAAAUAUUAAUUUAAUGCUUUUUAUCUUCAACUAAGUGCUUAACGAAUUUUUUGUAAUUUUUUUUUUAACUACAAAAAAAAAAAAAAAAAGAAUCGAUAAAAAAUAAUUGAAAUUUGUGAUCAAUUCGAAUUGAUUGAUAUCCACCUUGUGGGGAGUUAUCAAACGUCUAACACCAAAAAUUAAAAGAAUAUAUAUCUACAUACAUAUAUAACACGUCACAACAUCAUAUACAUACAUAUAUAUCCAUUGUCGUCCAAUCUAAAAGCAAUAUAAUAAUUUAUAAAUAUAAAUAAAUACAAAUUCAUGUUAUAUUAUUUCUUCAUUUAAAAAAAAAGCAACGAUAAUGAUAUACAUGAAAUAUACGAAAAUAAUUAAUAUUAAAUAUCUAAAGAUAUUUGCUGAAAGGAAAAUGCAAAGAAAAUAAUAAUAAAGUGUAAGAAAUUACAAGGAGAAAUUUUGAAGAAAAAUGACAGCAUUUAAAUAAAAAUUAAAGAUUUUGUGAAGAAAAAAAAAUUAAUAAAAAUUCUGAAAAUUGAAAAUAAAAUUUUGGGUGUUGUGUUCCUUUUGAUUUUUUUUUCAAAAAGAAAAAAUUAUAAUAAAAUAUUGUUCCUUUCUUUCUUGCAAAAUAUACAAAAAAAAAAAAUUGAAAAUUUAUAAAUAAAAUAAUGCUUAGAUAUAUAUCCAAUGGAAAAUAAAUAUGUGCUUACACCACAAUACGAAAAAAAUAUAUUUACUAAUUACUAAAAGUGAAAUAUAAACUUCAACAUAAUAAAUUGUGAAAAAGAAAUUUAAAAAUAAAAAUCAAAUAAAUAUUUGAUCGCUUCUUCGGUCUUAAGUUUCAAAAGUUACAACACAAAUAUGCGAACCAAAAAGUAUUUCAAAAUUUAACAAAAAAAAAUCAAAUCAAUUUAUUAGCAUUUGGAAAACAAAAUUUGGCAUUAAGUAAUAAAAAAAAAAAAUAUCCAUAUAAAACAACAAGUUUUAUAAUUACAUAUAUAUAUUAUAAUUGAAGAAAUUAAAAAUCACUUAAUUAAAAAUUAACAACACCAAGCCACCAACAACCAACCUCAUCAUCACUCACUCACCCCUAAACAUCUUUGGAAUAUCAGAAUUGAAAAUUCUUGAGCGGUUUUCUUAGCUCCGGAUUUUUUUCACAUCCCCUGUCAUCGCUCUCAUUGCCACAACAAUUCGACGCCUCAAAGUGAAAUUAAUGCAGCUAUGGCCUACAAUUGUCGUUACGGCAAGCGCAGCAAUUUUCGUCCCAAAGUUCCACAAGACACGGAAAAAUAUUAUCGCUUGGAUCCAACAAAAUCUGCGGCAGAGAACUGCUAUGAUAUCUAUGCAGCGCUGUGUUGUCGUGAGACACGCGAUAGCAAGCGACUCGAUCUGCUCAAUGAAUUGGCCACAUUGUGCCAGCAACAACAGCAGCUGCUGCAGAAACAACAAAAACUGCACCAACAACACCAUCAACCGCACCAUCACCAACAGCAGACAACAACGUCACCAUCAUCAUCAUCAACGAACACAUCAGCAACAACAACACAUUAUGGCGGUACCACCACCGGUGGUACAGCAAUGGCUUCAACGUCAUUGGCGACCUCGUCGUCGGCGGCAUCAAUAUACAAAAAUAAUUUGGGAUUUAGCACGGAAGAGUUACUCUACUGUUUAAGUGCUUCCCUGAUACGUUCAUUUACUCAAGUGAGAGCGGCUGCUUUGCGUACCAUACGCUAUGUGUUGACCACAACCAAGGAUAUCAAAAUAUUCAACUCCAUGCAAUUACCGCAUUUGCUAUGUCGAUCAAUUGACAUAAUGCUAAAGAAUAAUGAUGAGCGUGUUCAGGCUUUAAAAUUGAUACGCAAAAUGUUGGCAAUAUCACCGGAAAACAUAAGUCCGGUACUGGUACGCUGUCUGGUCUCUUUGGCCGAUACAGGCCUGGAAGAAAAGGAUAAAUUGCUUAGGGUUUGUCUGGCCACACUGUGUGAAUUUGCCGUUUUGAAUCCCACACUGCUGAUAUGUUGCGGUGGUGUUACCUCGAUAACCCGUAAUGUUGUCGAGUGUCACAAUCCUCGAAUAGCCGAAAGUUUAAGUGGUGUCCUACUCUAUCUGCUGGAAUGGCCACACACGCGUAAUAUAUCGGGAGUGCGUUUGGAUUGUUUGGCGGCACCCUAUUGCGAUUUUACAUAUCGUCUGGGGAUUAUGGAUAAGAACAAAGAUGCUCAUGAACUUCGUUACACAAGUUGUCGUUUAGCUUUAUUAUCUGUUCUGCGCAGCUGGACUGGGACCAUUGAAUUCUGUGAUCCAAGUAAACCAUCCGGUUUAAAAGCAAUAGUUGAUGCUUUAUAUUUAAAUCAAAUUGAAGUUAGAAAAGCAAUAUUGGAAUUGCUUUACGAACUGUUGGGUCUUCCACAGCCUACAUGGAAGACUGACGACUAUGCUGUGGCUUUACAGGCGGUUGAUCCGUCUGACUUUCAGGCCAAUUGGCUAUUAAAGAAUGGCUUUGUGGCUGCCGAGGGUCGCAGUAUAUUGCCCAGUUUGGCAGCACGCGCCCCCAAUAUCUGUGAACAACACUUGGCCUUACAAUUGUACUGUUUUCUAGAGACUGGUCUUCUCAAUGCCUUGGUCGAGGUGAUCGUAUCGAGUGAGGUGCCCGUAUCGGUAGCGGCCACGGUUUUAGUUGGCAAGCUAUUGCAUUUAAUGCACACCCAUUUGCCGCCGGAUAUCUGUAGUACAAGUCCGGCGCUGCCGACUCUAAUAUCGCACGCCACAAAGGGUAAUAUAAAUGCGUGUGCUGCCAUAUCUGCCCUGGAAUGUUAUCAGAAGAUGUUGAGGAAUCGUCCGGCCUCGAGUAGUUUAUUUUUGGAUAGUAUUAUACAAGAAGGAACCCUUAUACACACAAGACUUUUUCGCCGUGAAAUCAAUGCUCAGGAUAUACCUUAUACUAGCAGCAGUCUACAAUCACCGCCUGCCGAUACCAGCGCCACCUCUCACCCGGGCAUUGGCCAAUUUAGUUCCAUUGGUGGUGUUGGCACCUUGGAUCGGCCCCGCUUGGACUCUGUUUCCAGCGAUGACUCCAAUUCUCAGUCAUCAUCAUCGCGUCGGGCGAGUUUUCGCACGAAAUUUAAAUUUUUACCGUUCCUAGAGAAUAUAAAAUUGAAUCGUUUAAUCAAAGACUCGAAUGUAUUAUAUUCUAAGGAUGGCACCGGCUGGGAUUGGGAAGUUAUAUCAACUAUAAUCAGAUCCAAUGUAAUCCGCAAAAUGGAAGAGCCAAGUUUAACGUUCCUUAAAAAUCUCAUCGAUUUCUUUAAGCCCAGUAAGAAUUGUUUUUCCCAUCAAGAGCUGAUCCAGGGUAAAACAUUGCCACCAUUUGUGCAAGUGGGCUUGGAUUUAAUCGAUUGGCUUUUGGCAAUUUAUCCACUAGAAAGUGUUCGUCUGCUAACCGAUUUCUUUACCGAUGUGGCCUCUCAGCUGUUGGCCAUAACAACACCAAAUCGUGCCCACGAUUGUCUGUUCAGUCCAAAGCAUAUGGAGACUACAAUGUGUCAACAGUAUUUUUUAUUUAUUGGCCGGAUGUGUCGGGCUCAAAAGGGCAUUACGAUAUUAAAGAAUACGGCAGUAUUUGAACAUCUUGUCAACCUUGUGCGCAAUACCGAUUACGAGUGUUAUGUUAAACUGAUUGUAUCGGGUCUGGAUUACAGUCUGGAAUCAGUGCCCCGUAAAGUUUUGGAAAAAGCUUUAACGUCAGCCAAGGAGCCCGGUAGUCGUUUAUAUGCCACCCAAUUUCUUGUGGUAUUGCUGAGAGCUCGCAUACCAAAUUUCGAGGUAUGGGGUAUACCUUUAAUUAUACAACAAACCAAGGACCCGGAUCGCAGUGUAGUUUUGGCGGCAAUGGAUGUCCUAGAAGAGGCUUGUCACGAAAAGUAUUAUUUGGAAGAAAUUGUUAGUCUAUGGCCAAAUCUUAAAACCCUCGGUGAUGUGGGACGCCUGCUAAUGGCCCGCUACUAUUCCCUGUCACGAGGUCUUAACCAACCCAAAGCAAAAGUCAAAGAAGAAAUUGAAUAUUGGAAAAAUGGCUACAAUAAGAGAUAUGUUCUGCUUGUCGAGGCUGAUACCCAUGCCAGUCUAACGCUACAUGUGCGCAAUGAAGAGGGCGGCUAUAGCCGCCGCAAUUGCAAUACCCGACCCAUUAUCAUACCACCAAAUAUACCGGCCCAUUUGUAUGGGCAAAUGGUUCAAACAACACAGGGAACAACAGCCUUACGAAAAUUCGGCGAUUUGCCACAGCUAUUAGAGGUUAUAAGCAGCGGAAAGUGUUCCGACGAAGCGGAAUGUUUGGAAUUGAAAUCGGCAAUAUGGGCGAUUGGUCAUGCAUCGACGCACUCGAAUGGCAUUGAGUAUUUUUUGGAAACGGGAACGAGGGUCUACGAGAAGCUAGUUAUACUGGCUACAAAGUGUGAUAUUUACUCAAUACGAUCAACUUGCUUCAGUGUAUUGGGUCUAAUUGGAAGCACAAAUGAUGGAGCCAACCUUCUCUUCAAGCUGAAUUGGCUAUGUGUACGACACGAUCGCAACACCAUAUGGCCGGUACAUCAACCUGAAGACUGGAUGCUGGGCAACUAUACGCCACUGCGACAUCAUUUCGACGAUGUACCACCGUACAACUAUAUGGGUAUGGAAGAUCAAAUCGAUGGUUCCUAUUACACGGGUAGCUAUUCGAAUCUGCUGUUGAGUAGUACCAGUACGAAUCGUGAUGCCAUUGGUGGUGGUGCGGCCAGUGCCAGUUCCGAGGCACAGGAUGCCAAUACCACCACUGAUAGUAUUAAAACAUCCGGUGAAGAGGUUAGUUUAGAUAAUCUGCUCACAUCGCAGCCGUAUAAAUUUAGUUCACCGAGAGCUAAACUAGAGAAGACCUCUUCUUCUUGUUCACGACAGAUAGGUGGAGCGGCGACGAUGGCAACAGGAGCCGUAGGCGGUGGCCCAGCUAGUAGUAUAGCAAGUGGCAGUAGCAGUAGUGUAUUGCCCACAUCAGCUAAAUCGAAAACAUUGCCCGAGGGAUCAUAUCUAAGACAUGGCCGACAUCAGCGUUCUUUGUCCGAAUCGAAGACAACAGAUGUUAUUAGCCUUUUGAGUGGUGGCGCCGGACAUCCGGGGGCAAUGCUGACCGGUCCCGCAAUGCAUUAUUCCCAUCGAACACGCUACAACUCGUGUACAGAUUCAAAUACAUCGGGUGUUAGUAGCUGCGAAUCGGUGACAGGAAGAACAGCGGGAAUGGGUGAUUUGCAACAAUUCCCCCUUAGCCCCAUACCCUCAAUGUCUAAUCUAUUGGAAAUACCAUUGGGUCAGUCAUCUUUGUUGCGCCGUACUUCUUUGGCAGGAGGCUCCUAUUCGCAUAAUGCCAUCAGUCCAUUGGACAUGAAAGGUUAUGCUCAAGUACGUUCCUUGCGACGUCAUUGUCGUCCAGUUUUAUCUGAAUCGGGUGCUGAGUUGUAUGAUAUUGUUGAUCGCAUUGAUUUGUUGUCAUAUUCAUCGUUUCGGUAUCGUAAAUCUUCGUUUGGCGAGUCGCGUAAGAACAAAGUGCGAAGUUUAGAUCGCCAGACAUCACUCAGAAUGUAUGCCCACUUGGAUUCAGAAGAACUGCAAGUUCCCUUACCAACGCUGAGUACACCUAAAUUUUUAUCACAAAAUGAUUCCAAAGGUCCUUCCUAUGUUGGCAUUUCUUUACCAAAAAAUCUCUUGGAUAUAUUCCCAACACGAAACCAGUUGCGGACUUAUGUCUCUCAAGAUAUACAAGAUCAGGAUUUGAUGGACAUCAAUCUGCUGACAGCAAAACAGCAAUUCCUAAACGAUUCCCUGAACAAUGAGGGAGGUGAUGAAUCAUCGAUUAUAUCAUCACUCUCUGAUGUUUCGUCGGUGAGCAAACGAUCUAAAUGGGUGGGUGCCAAACAUGGCCGCAGCAAUUGCCUGUAUUGUUCGAGGCAAAGGAAACGUUCUCAAAGACUUGAUGGCUCGGGAGAUGUCUCAACAUCAACCCUGUGUGAAAUGUAUACAAAUGCCUCGGCGGCUCUUGUGGCAGCUGGCAUCCAGGCCACUGUGGCUCUAUCACGUAAGGGUGGAGGAACAGGCGGCGGAGGCACAAGUUCCUCAACCAAUGUGGACAAUAAAACAACUGGCAAUGGUGCUGCCACAUCGAAACCUCCUCUACAACAGCAGCAGUACAGCAAUGCAUCCUCAAUACAACUUUCCGAAUUACAAUUCCAUUCACCCGAAAGUAUAUUGAGUGAGGAUAGCCUGCCCGAUCGUUUGACAGCCAAUAUUCUGUAUAAUGUUCAACGCCUGGCGAAUCCCGUCAGUGCAAAACAAUCGAAAAUGGCUCUACUCGAACUGAAGCAAAAACAUCCAGCCUCGUUUCAAGAUAUUUGCCUCUACUCGGAAGUUUGUCGGACACUGGGCCGUUGCUCGUAUCGCAUGAAUGCACGAAGGUUUUUGCAGGAGCUCUUUUUGGAUUUGGAUUUUGAUUCAUUCUACAAUGAACCCUUGGAUAUAUUGAGUAAAAAGGACAAGGAUUCGUUUAAGAAAGUCGAUGUUAAGGAGAGGCUGUCCGGCGAAAAAGUUUCCAUGCGUAGUAAAGAUAGAUCCACUGGAAGGGGUGGCAUGGAAGGCGAUGCCAAAAAUGAUAAUGGGGCUGCAAACAAUAGCUCCAGCUCGUUGAAACCGCAUUUAAAGUCUCAACCCUUGGCCAGUGUCUAUGAGGCCAGUUGUGAAAAUCUCCUAUUGGAUCCAUCACCGCGAAUGAAAAAUGCCCCGGCGAUAUCCAGCGCGACGACAACAACAACAUCUGCAACAAAAGCAUCGAAUUUAAAACAAAAUUGUAAAAAUUUUACCAAAGCUCCGCCACCUGCAGCACCGCCACCUCACCGCCCCGCCAUCCUAACCGAAUACAAUACCGAACUUAGAAUAACAUCCGAUGAGGAUGAUGAUGAUGACGACGAAGACGAUGAUGAUGAUGACGUCGAGACCGAAGAUGAUAUCAGUUAUCGUCGUUCCCAUUAUAAACAGCAACAAAAUUGUGAUGAAAUCGAUGGUGUGCCUCCCUCGGUCACAUCAUCAUCGACCAUUUACAGUGUAAAUCCCGCCUCUUCCAAUUCAAUGCAAACCAUGGGUGGUGGUGGUGGUCCCUCUGGCGCCAAUGCCAAUUCCUCUGCCACCUAUUCCACUCAAAAUUCAUUGCAGUUAAGCGCCGGCAGCGGUUGUGGUGGGGCUGCAAACAGUGUAGUUGGUGGUAGUGGUGGUGGCGGCGGUAGUGCCAGCACCCCCAUUAGUAGUAGUAAUUGUAGUGAUCAAACCUCUACCAGUAAUCGCAGUAGCAUUUGUACCAUUUCACAUCAACCAAUGAAUAGCAAUCGCCUGAAUUCCACACCCCUUACAUCACCACCCCUGACCACAAAACCCAUAGAAAAUGAAAAUACCAAAUAUCGCAGAGGACGUUUUUAUACCUUAGAACUGGACUUGAGCUGUACAAAGAAUAAGUUCCCCAUAACCGAUAGAACCAAACAGUUGCAAAGCUGCAAUACUUCCAAAACGAGUGGUAACGAGAAGGCGGCAACGACACCCAUUUCUGCCACAACUGCCAUCUGCUCCCCUACGUCACUGACAUCACCUUCCAAAGCUGGAGCCGUCACAACAACCAAUGGCACCACAUCGUUGUUGCGGCAACACUCGUUGGGCUCCGACGCUUCUGCGAACUAUCGCUUGCCGGUUUCAAGAUUUUCCUAUACGGCGGGUGUGACCACCUCACCCACUAGCCACAACUAUCCAACCUCAACCACUUUACAGUUCCAAAACAACAACACCACCACCACUGCCACAACACCAAGUUCAAACCAUCCUCCUACCUCCUCUGUACCCCCAAACACCACCAGCACCUCUUCAGCCACAGCCAAUCAUACAUAUUUAAUAACCAAAAGCUUAGCCGCCUCUCUGGCCCAGCCAAUUGGCACGCUGUACUGUGAAAAACGUUUGCAAUCUUCCAAAUCGGAAGCAGUGUUAAUGCAACAAGCUUGCAAUAGUACCACCACUGCAUCGACUGCCUCAUUUUCAUCCUGCUCCACAACAUCAUCAUCCAUUACAUCAAAGGCACCGCAGGCGCCAUUCACAACAUCGACCGCCUUGGACAGUUGUGAUGGCGGCAAUCAUGCCGGGAAAUAUUCCAUGAUUGCCGCCACCACCAACACAGCCAAUGCCAAUAACAUACAACAGAACUGUAGUAACUCCACCACCAUCACCACAAACCCUCAUCAUCAUCCAAUUCCCACCACCACUACCACAGCAAACACCUCCUCCAUUUCAUCAGCAUCAAGUAUUGUUGGUUCAAGUAAGCAAUCAUAAAUGUAUGUAUAUUUAUUAUUAUUACUACUACUACUACCUAUUACUAUUAUUACUAUUAUAUAAUUAUUAUUAUUUUAGAUGCUAUAAAAAAAUAAUAAUAAUAAUAACAAUGAAAGAAAAAUUUGAAAAAACAAAACAAACACAUUUCUUUAUACACUACUAUUCUCUAAAGAAAAGAAGAAAAACAAAGAAUGAAAAAAAAAGAAAACAAAAA